GUCGAAUCCGAUUCCGCUCCACGCCUCAUCAAUUCAUAAAUUGCACUUCACACGCACUGUCCACGACUCGUGACAGAGCGAGGGAAAAUAGAAGAAAAUGGCAUCACCGGCGAUCUCCUCGUCGGCGUUCCUCCCGUUCUUCUUAUUGUUCUUCUCAUUGUUUCUAUUUCUCUCCUCUGCAGAUGAGACGGAGAACGCGGCGGAGCUUGUGUCGAGGGAGUUCUUCCCGAUGGAUGGGGAUUUGGCUUGGGUCGUUCAGGUCUCGGAUCUCCAUCUCAGUGCCUACCACCCCGAACGCGCGGAGGAACUUGCUGGGCUCCUCGGAUCGGCGAUACGGGUCAUCCGGCCCGAUCUGCUCCUCGUCACUGGCGACAUUACAGAUGCGAAAAACAGUAAAAGAACAAGCACGAGGCAGGAUGAAUUGGAGUGGAUUCAAUACAGAAACGCAAUGGAUACUUUGGUUAAGCAAAGUGGUUUAGAAAGGAGAAGAAUAUUUGAUAUACGAGGAAAUCAUGACAAAUAUGGGGUUCCUUAUGUUGGAAGUGCACUUGAUUUCUUCUCAAUUUAUAGUGUCAGCUCACAAUUCAAAAGGCUUGGCACGAUUCAGAGUGUAUCCCUUGUGGGAGAUGAUCAAAGGUAUAUAUUUUUGGGUAUAGAUGACACAAUGAGAAUUGGGGUUCGUGGACCAUCAAAUUUAUUCGGCCAUCCAACUGGUAACAGGAUUCGUGCUGUUGAAGCAGAACUUCAGCACUCGGACAAUAAUUCUGGUGUUCUUUUUACAAAAGUUGUGUUUGGCCAUUUCCCAAUGUCUUUCACAGCUUCAGCUGAAAAAGGAGAGAGGUAUGAACCUGUUUUUGCAAGGCAUUCUGUCUCUGCAUACAUUUGUGGCCACCUUCAUUCAAAGUUUGGAAAACAGCUAUGGAGGCUGCAUACAUCUGAAGUACUAUCUCAUGUUAAUAAGCCUAAAACAGUUGAGCAAUUUUGGGAAUGGGAACUUGGGGAUUGGAAGGAGUUUAGGUUUAUCAGAAUUCUUGCCAUUGAUCGAGGGGAUGUUUCUUUUAUGGAUAUCAAACUUUCUAGUACAAAUGAGCCGCCUAGUGACUUCAAGACUGCUAUCCUCGUUACUUAUCCUAUGGAUUCAAGAAGCAUGAGUAGAGUUAAGGACCAUACCCAGCAAGUAAGAAAUGAUAUCAAUGCUCUAGUCUUCUCAGUUCAACCAAUCCUCAAUGUGACUGCAAAUAUUUUGGACUCAUCAAGAGAUUUCAAGAUGGUGGAAGAGAUACCAUUGCAGCCUGCUACUGAUUCUUCCAAAGGCAAGCCUCUCUAUCAUGCCAAAUGGAAUGCUGAAAACUACAUUAGUGCUUCUGCGACUCGUUAUUGGUUGCAUUUACUUGUGAUAGAUUCUCAGGGCAAACAAACAGCAAGCAUACUGAGACCAUUUUCAGUUGAAGGUAAAACAGCAAAAUUUUCCCCGUCAUGGUUGGCUUUUUUGGUUUUUGAUUUGCAAUGGGAGGAAGUUUUCCAUGUACUCCAAUGGAGCAACAUUUCCUUUCUUAUACUGCUUCUAUGCUUUCCAAAAAUUGUGAAUCUACUCAUGGAAAGAAACUCAUCAUAUCAGAAGUGGGCUGUGUCAGUGUCCAUUUCCUCUUCCAUCGUCCAGAGAAAAUUUGUCUUCAGAUUAUUCUGGUUCUUGAUAGAGGGUUCAAGAGUUAAAACGCUAUGGUAUGCCAUGGUAAUUUACCUUAUUUAUUUACUCACAAUGCCAUGGUUUUGGGGUCAUGCAACGUCAGAGAAGGGAAAUAUUUUCAAAUUAUGCUUGUCUGGUUGGAGAAUACAGUCUUCAAGUGGCACAACUACAAGCGAAUGGCUAGGAUUUCCUGACUUAAUGACAAUCACAUUGCCUUUCAUGUAUUUUAUUGUCACACCUUUGUUUCUUCUAAUUUACAGCUUCUCUGCAGAAAGAUCUGCUGCUUGCUUUUAUUCAAGUAAGAACACAAAGUGUUCCGACAUCCAGAUGCAUUUUGAUACAGGAAAUUAUAGAACAUUUAUUCAGUCCUACAAUUGCACAACUAGAUCAUUCGGAUGUAAGAUAUGUGCUGGUUGGCUAAGAAAGGCUCUUCUGUUUGCUAGUGCAGUCAUUGCCUGCUUGCAUUUUAAGCUUGUUUCUGGCAUGAUGGAAGCUUAUGGAGCUGCACCUGUAGCAUUGUCGCCGGCAGUUUCAUGGGUACCUCCAUUGCUCUUAGCUGCUGCCAUUAUUUAUUCAACGAAGUAAAGCGCUUCAUGCCCUUGAAACUGCAUGACUUGGCAAAAGCCUGCAGAGCUGCUGAUAACCAUUGUCAAAUGUUGGCAUGGCUGAAAUCAUAUUAGCUUGUUUGCCUUUUUAUAUUAAUAAUAAUGUACAUGCAAUAAGUGCAUGUACAUAUAUGGAAUAUAUAAGAAUAUCUAGUUAUUUAGUACUAUGAGUUUUUAUUUAUUAGAGUUAAAAGUUUGUUUAAAUAUUCUUAUUGAUUUUAUGAUAUGUAAAAUCAUAUGUGGCA